AUGCGUUUAAAGGUGACAAUGGCACGAGAACCAAAACACAGUGAUUCGGUAACAGCUGUUGCAUGGAUAAAAAGCGAUGAAUUGAUUAGUGCGGGUGAUGAUCAGCAAGUGUUAAAAUGGAAUUUAAUGAAUAGUGAUGUUCAGGUGUUAAUGCACUUACCCAGCUCAUUAUAUCCGACAGAUAUGCAAUGGCUUCCAUAUGACAGUACCAAACAACAGUUAAAUAAUAUUUUUGUUUUAACAUCAACAGAAGGUAAAUUUUAUAUUUGCAAUCGAAAUGGACGUAUUGAAAAAGUGAUUGAAGCUCAUGAAGGAGCAAUUUUGGCCGGUCGUUGGAGUCAUGAUGGUUCUACAUUCGCGACUUGUGGAGAAGAUGGUGCAGUGAAGAUGUGGUCUCGAAGUGGUAUGCUCCGAAGUAUUUUACUGGAAAAUUCUUGUCCAGUUUAUGAGAUUUGUUGGAACGGCGAUGAUUCAUCCAUAGCUUUUUGUUGCGGUGAAAAUUGUUUCACAAAAGUUCUUAAAUCACAGAUAUCGCUUAUCAAAUGGAAGGCUCAUGAUGGUAUUGUGCUAUGUAUUGAUUGGAAUGCUAAUACGAAUCUUUUGAUAAGCGGUGGAGAAGAUUGCAAAUAUAAGGUAUGGGAUGAAUAUGGACGUCCAAUGUAUUGUAGCAGUUCACAAGACUAUCCAAUUACAUCAAUUGCAUGGAAUAUUGAUGGUGACCUUUUUGCUGUUGGAUCUUUCAAUCUGCUUAGAUUAUGCGAUAAGGCUGGAUGGUCACAUUCAUUGGAAAAAUUAUCAACAGGAAGCAUUUACAAUAUCAAUUGGUCACCUGAUAGUACUCAGCUAGCUGGUGCCUGCUCUGAUGGAAAUGUUUUGCAUGCUUAUUUGGUUGAGAAACGAAUUACAUGGCGAAAUAUUGAAGCAGUACAAACGAAACGUCAAUUGAUCGAUAUUCGCGAUGUACUUUCUGAUGUUGCAUGUGAAAAGUUGGAGGUACGAGAUCGUAUCACUAAAUUAUCACUUGGUUUCGAACAACUUGUA